GUAAUAGAAAAAACUUUAUCUAUGGUUAUGGUGUUGUACAGUUGUCUUGUAUUGAGGUUGUGUAGCGUUUUUUGCCAUUUUAGUUAGAAAAGGCGACGAAAAUAGGUGAUGGAAACAUAAUUCAUUGAAAAUGAAGUCCGUAGUGGCUUAUGUGCGUAGUCUUCUGGGUUGGUGUGAUGAAACUCCACCGAUAAGAGCAAGCUUCAAACGAGACAGGGCCGACGAUGAAUUGUCGUCCGACGAUGAAACACCGGCCCUCAAGAGACUCAAGCAACUAAAUAGAACGAAUUUCCCAGACAUCAUGGCCUCAAAUGAUGACUGGGAGAAGCAGGAAAAACAGAAUAAAAAUAUUAGGUAUAUACCAAUACAAAUAGAGGGUCACCCUAGUACUUCCACACCCAAUGAGACCCUAAAUAAGAGCAGAGUUAGGACAGUACCUAUCCAGUUGGUGGGUAUGUCGGAGAAUGGCCCUGUCAUUCCUUCGGGAAAACCUAGGAAACACACACCAGUGAGACCUGUGAUACAUGCAUUAAUAGAUGACGAAAAUGAUGACGCUGAUGUGACCUGGGUAGAGUCAAAAUCUGAGAACCCACUUAAAAAGCCAACUAAAGUAUACAUUGAUUUAGACGAGGAGGAUGAUCAUCAUGACAAAAAUCAGCAAGAAGAUGAUGUUAUCUUUGUUAAGAAAGUAUCAACCCCACCCCCAUCUAGACCAUACAAAUACUUCCUUAGUAAAAAUAGCCAUGAUACUACUGAUGGAUCUGUGGAAGAACCAAUUCUUUACAAGUUAAGUCGAAAACCAACAGAACGGAACAUGAUGAAUAUGUCACCCAAAACAUUUACGAAAUUCAAAGCCCCUCCUGGCAUAACCAAGUCAUACAAAAAGACACCAACUCCUCUAGCAAGAUGGAUGCAACCUUCAAAACCAACAAUAUCGAAUCUCUCAUCAUUUUCUAGAAAUAGAUAUUUAGGUCUCAAUGGUAACUCUAGGUCAGCAAUUUCAGAAGUAUUUAAUUUAAAUGAAAAGAAAAACUACCAAGAACUUAUUCGAAGAGUUGCAGCUUCAAUGAAACCAAUGGCGACAGGGAAACCAAUUGAUAUAGUGAAUCUAGCUGAUGAUGCUGCUUCCUUCAGACUAACACAGAAAACACAAAGAAAUGCUCUGAAUGAAAUUAAAUUAGUAGAAAAAGGAUUAGCUGCUGAGAGAGACAAUGAUGCAUCAAAGGAAUAUGAUCCUAUCACAGUGGCUUCCAUUAAUUCAUCUGAUUCAGAAAUAGAAAUAGUUCCAUCAGAGUCAUCCACUACAUCCUCUCAGAGGAUUGACCCUAUAAAUACAUUAAAAGACUCAUAUAGAGACAAGGCCAUUACUGCAGGAGAUUGGCUUUUAAAAUUAGAAUCAAAAUACAAGAAAAAGCGACAAGAGACUCAGGCAAAACUAAAAGAUGCAACGCGGGAGUCUGAUAUCAUAUCUAAGGUUAAUAGUGAACAAAAUAUUGCACAUCUAGAACAUAAACUGAAAUAUGAGCUGAGUAUACCAGAGAGUCUGUUUGAGGAGCCACAGCCUACUGUUGAGCUGCCUGCUCUGACACCAGAACAAGAAAACUUAGUGAACAGAGCUAUAGGCCCAGGACCUCCAGGACAAAUGCUUGUAGAGAAAUUUAAUUUGAGGAUACACAGGCGGGAUCUGCAAACUCUAUCAGGUCUUAACUGGCUGAAUGAUGAAGUAAUAAACUUCUACAUGAACCUGCUAAUGCAGAGGAGUGAGGAACGAAAAGACUUGCCCAAGGUGUAUGCCACUAACACAUUCUUCUAUCCUAAGCUCAUGCAAAGUGGACAGGCUGGACUCAGGAGGUGGACCAGAAAGGUGGACAUAUUUGCGCACGACUUGCUAGUGGUUCCCGUGCACUUGGGCGUGCAUUGGUGCCUCAGCAUAGUGGACUUCCGCGCAAAAAAGAUCAACUACCUAGACAGCAUGGGGGGCCGCAACCAGGCCUGUUUGGAUGCACUUCUACAGUAUCUCAGAGACGAACACCAAGACAAAAAGGGAGCACCAUUUGAUGACAAUGGAUGGAAGACAGAAUGCCUUAAGGACAUUCCACAGCAGAUGAAUGGCAGUGACUGUGGCAUGUUCGCAUGUACUUUUGCGGAGUUCUCGUCCCGUAAUGCGGCCUACACGUUCACGCAGGCACACAUGCCCUACCUGCGCCGCAAGGCCGCGCUCGAGAUACUCACUGGAAAACUGUUGCUCUAGACGAGCAUCAUCGGGUGUAUCUCCAUGUUAGUGAUCUAUUUAUUUUAUUUGCAAAGGUGUGUGUAUUGUGUGUUAUAUGUAACUGUACUGUACUAAACAGUUCUUAAGUGGUGUUUCCUCGUGAAAAGUGUCGUAAGGUUAAGUUGGAUAUUUGGUGAUCUCUAGAAGAAACCUGUGUUGUAUAUAAUUCAUUUUGUUUAUGAUGUUUUUGUUGUUGUAUUUGUUCUUGCGAGUUUUGCAGAAACAAUUGGCAAAAAAUGUAAAACAUUCAUUUGUAAAUAGAUUCAUUUUAAUGUUCCAAAAUGAAUAUUAAAGAAUGUUAAACUAAUGUAAAUAAAAGAACAUUUAUGAAUAUUUUACUGUGUGGACAAAGAAUGAAUGUUACAGAUACCCCAUCAUCACUACUGAUCAUAACUCAUUCUGAGAACAAGUAAGAGAAUACACAUUAACAAUCUUUAAAAUAAGACAACGCCAAUUUAAAUUAAUAAAACUUUAAUGAUACAUAAGAAAGUAUGAGAAGAUUAUUAUAAAUAAAAUGUAAAAUAAAUAAAUCACUAACAAAUAUAAAAUUUUAACAUGAAACAAAUGGACAUAUUGUCAGUUUUAAGUCUGAGAUGAUUGUUUAUAAUAUAAUAAGUAAGUGAAAUGCUGGUUAUAUUUAAAAUUUGAAUUUAUUUGUAUAAUUUCAUCAGUAGAAUCUUCUAGUUUAUGUGGGUUAUGUAUGUUGAUUUUCAAAUUCAUUAGUUAAUAGUUGUCCAAAUAACCCAUUACAAAUGCCACAUUUUUGCCUAAGAUUUAAUGUCAAGGCUAUGAAUGGGUGUUGUUUAAGUCUUUAAAAAUACGUAUGCGGACCUUAUAAAGAUUCGAAAAGUUAAGUAAAAUAACUCUUUAUGUACAUACAAUAUCUUCCAUUCCCUUGUAAGUAUAAGAACCAGAAGUUUAAUUACUUAAGUCUUUUAUAGUUAUGACUUAGUAAGAACACAAUUGCAACUUUGUUUCUACAUGAACAUGAACUUAUUUAAGGUACUGUUAUAACUACAGAUUAUGUUUUCACAAUUAAUUUUGUGCAAUCUGGUGCAGGCUUCACUUUAAAGCAUUUCAUAUAUUUCAAUAAAUUGGUUUUACUGCCCUACCCAUUCUUGCAUUAAAACAGUAUCGAAAAGCCAGUUAUAGUGUGUACUGUCACCAGUCAUGAGAGUACCACUAUUUAUCUCCAAGUUCCCAUGACAAAAAGACAAGUGCAAAGGAUAAAUUAUUAUUAACUUUAUGAUAAAAAGUAUAUUUUAUUUUCAUUGUAUUAAUGAAUGUGAGAAUGAUGAACAAUAUGUGGUCUUGUAGAUAUAUAAUAAUAAAGGUAGGUAGGGUGUGAUGCAUGGUUUUCCAAGUGUUUGGGCAGAAUUAUUAAUUUAAAUGUACUAUAAUUUUGUAUUUAAAGUGCUAUGAUAAUAACAGUCUGGUAUUACAAUAUUUAAUUUUGUAGAAUUAAUUAGAGAUUUCACUUCGAAUGACGUCACCUUAAAGCGAUAUGACGAUAAUAAAUUAUGGUUACAAGAAAUCUAUGAUUAUACUUUAUAACAAAUAAAUCUUCAUUCCUAUUUUCUUAUCUUCCUAGAAGAAACUAAAUGCGCGUUUUCUAUUUUCAGUUCACAAUUAUUAUGUGUAAGUAUGAUUGAAGGGAAGUUUGUCUUUUUGUCAUGGUGACAACUUAGGCUUAGCGUUAAGUAUCUGUCUGUAUUAUAAAAAGUAUAGUUAAGUUAAACUAACUUAAUUCAUAAUAAUUAUAAAUUAGACAUUUUGUUUCGCCUGCAAAAGGCUCCGAAGUUUUCUAAGUGAUG